UUGCGCAAGACACACACAAAAAAAGGAAAAAUAAAAAGAAAAAUAAAAAAAAAAAAGAUAAAAAAGACAUCCUGCUGGGUCUUUGACCUCAGUGUGUCCCAGGGAACACUAAUCCUGAACCUGAUUAUCCCCUUGAUGCCAAAAACUGUACAAAUGGAGCGGGGGAUUUUCCCCUGGCACUGUGAAGUUCUUACUGCCUUUCCACAGGCCCCAAAGGACCUCUUUACAUCCAUUUUCCUCAGUUUUUGGCUUUAGCCAGCACACUGCACAUCUCAGGCAGAACAACCGGCCCUGAGCGCGGCGCCGGCCACCCCCUCGCCGCCAUCGCCAGGCGGAGGCAGCCCCAUGGAGGCCAUCCAGGAGUCAUUCCAGAAGGUGGAGAAGAUCGGGGAGGGUACUUACGGUGUGGUGUACAAGGCUCGCAACAAGCGCACGGGGCAGCUGGUGGCCCUCAAGAAGAUCCGCUUGGACGCGGAGUCGGAGGGUGUCCCCAGCACCGCGAUCCGGGAAAUCUCGCUGCUGAAGGAGCUGAAACACCCCAACAUAGUCAAGCUCCUGGAUGUCAUACACAGCCAGAAGAAGCUCUAUAUAGUAUUUGAGUAUCUGAGUCAGGACCUGAAGAAAUACAUGGACUCAUGCCAGUCUGGAGCACUCCCUUUAAGCUUGGUCAAGAACUACCUUUUCCAGCUGCUGCAGGGUGUGAGCUUCUGCCACUCGCAUAGGGUCAUCCACAGGGACUUGAAGCCGCAGAACUUGCUCAUUAACGAAGCAGGAGCGAUCAAGUUGGCUGAUUUUGGACUGGCAAGAGCUUUCGGAGUCCCGCUGCGCACAUACACUCAUGAGGUGGUGACUCUGUGGUACCGAGCCCCUGAGAUACUGCUGGGAUGCAGGUACUACUCAACCCCUGUGGAUAUCUGGAGCAUCGGCUGCAUCUUUGCAGAAAUGAUGACCAGGAAGGCCCUGUUUCCAGGGGACUCCGAGAUCGACCAGCUCUUCCAGAUCUUUCGCAUCCUGGGCACUCCCACCGAGGUGACCUGGCCCGGUGUGACCCAGCUGCCUGACUACAAGGGGAGCUUUCCCCGGUGGCCAAAGAAGGAGAUGAAGGAUGUUGUUCCCAACUUGGAUCGAGAUGGGAGAGACUUACUGACGCAAUUGCUCCUGUAUGAUCCCAGCAAGCGCAUCUCAGCCAAGGCAGCCCUCAACCACCAGUACUUCCUCUGCAGGAGCUCCGGGACCCCUGAACAGCGACGUGCACUGCGGAGAGAAUGCAGAUGAGAGGACGCAGCUCUCCCCAAGCUCCUGCACCUCCAGGUAGCACCGCAGCUCUGGUUUGGGGCCCAGCUGGGACUUGGGGUCUUGCUUCUCCUGAGGAGCCUGGAAGGGGACAUUCUCGGCAUUUAGAGACUCUCAGCCCGUUGCUGGGGGAAAGUUUGUUUUGCAGCCAGAGAGCUGUUUUGAAGAGGUCAUGUGCAAAAGGGUGGGGAUCAUUUAACAGCAUAAAACACUGUUUUAUGCAAUGUACAGAAGAGAGAGCAUCUCUCAGAGGUUUGUCCUUGCAUUAGUGAGUUAAGGUGACACACAGUGAGUUCUAUCUCCAGCACUGGAGCAUCCCUAGGUCUGUCAGUGGCAGUUGCUGGCACCAGGGCGUGCUGGAGCUCCACUUUGGGAAAGGGAGCACUUCU